ACCCUGAUAAAACUGGGAGAAUUUCCUGUAGUUAAUCACAUUGAUCUAAUACCUUCACCAAGAACCUUUCAAGCACCUGACAAAUUUGCGACCAUGGACCAUAAAGACAUUGCUUGUCUAGCCCUGGAGUUAAGGACAUUACUGGUUGCUCACGAUAAGGCUUUCACACAGAUCCAACUCAUAGAUAUCAAGCUCAGUGAUCUUGAAGUGAAGGUGUUAUCUGCCCAUGCAGAGGGACAGCAGGGCCUUCAACUACACCUCCUCAACAGGAAGUCUGUCAUAGAGGGAGUGAGACAUGCUUUCCAUCAGUACCGUGUUGACAAAUGGAACCAGAUUCGUACUUUAUCCAAACUGAUCAUUGAUACCCUUGCUAUAGAUGGUACAAUGUUGCCACUCCCCCCACAACCUGAUCACCAACAGACUGAGGAAGAUGACUUGACCACUACACUGACCAUUGCUUACUCUGUGUUCUCUAGGGGUCUGUGA